AUGGCCGCCAACCCCGGGAGCGGGACCAAGAAGCUGAGCGGCGGCAAUGGGGGCGCCGCGGCCCUCCUCCUCUUCCUCCUCCUCUGCUGCACCGCGUCCAUGGCGCUCACUCCGGACGGGGAGGCGCUGCUGGAGCUCAAGGUGGCCUUCAACGCCACGGCGGGGCAGCGGCUGGGGAGCUGGCGGGCCGCCGACCCUAACCCCUGCGGCUGGGAGGGCGUCUCCUGCUCCUUCCCGGACCUCAGGGUCCAGUCCAUGGACCUGUCCAGCAAUCUGCUGCGGGGCGCGAUACCGGCGACGAUCGGAAGCCUAACUCAUCUGCGGUUCCUGAACCUCUCCACCAACUUCUUCUCGGGAGAGAUCCCGAAUGUCGGCGUCCUCGGAACCUUCAAGAGCAGCUCGUAUGUCGGAAAUCUGGAGCUUUGUGGGCUGCCCAUCCAGAAAGGUUGCCGUGGAACCCUCGGGUUCCCUGCGGUGCUGCCGCACUCUGACCCCCUCUCCUCCUCUGGUGUUUCUCCAAUCACCAACAAUAAUAAAACCUCGCACUUUCUGAAUGGCGUUGUGAUCGGUUCAAUGUCAACCAUGGCCGUCGCGCUGGUCGCGGUGCUAGGCUUCCUCUGGGUAUGCUUGCUGUCCAGGAAGAAGACUGGUGUCAACUAUGAGAAAAUGGACAAGCAAACUCUCCCAGAUGGUGCAAAGCUUGUGACAUACCAGUGGAAUCUUCCGUAUUCGUCGGGCGAGAUCAUUAGAAGGCUGGAGCUGCUUGAUGAAGAGGAUGUGGUUGGUUGUGGCGGGUUUGGUACGGUGUACAAGAUGGUGAUGGACGACGGCACGGCAUUCGCUGUCAAGAGGAUUGACCUCAACCGAGAGAGGCGAGACAAGACUUUCGAGAAGGAGCUCGAGAUCCUGGGCAGCAUUAGGCAUAUCAACCUUGUCAAUCUGCGAGGAUACUGCCGGCUCUCCACAGCUAAGCUACUCAUAUAUGAUUUCAUGGAGCUUGGCAGCUUGGAUAGCUACCUCCAUGGAGAUGCGCAGGAGGAUCAGCCAUUGAACUGGAAUGCACGUAUGAAGAUUGCCCUGGGCUCCGCUAGAGGGCUGGCGUAUUUGCACCAUGAUUGCUCGCCGGGGAUCGUCCACCGGGACAUCAAAGCCAGCAACGUCCUUCUGGACAGAUGCUUGGAGCCACGCGUGUCUGAUUUCGGCCUCGCGAGGCUGCUGGUAGACAACGAGACCCACGUAACCACCGUCGUGGCGGGUACCUUCGGGUACCUUGCACCAGAGUACCUGCAAAACGGGCACUCGACCGAGAAAUCAGACGUGUAUAGCUUUGGGGUGCUUUUGCUGGAACUGGUGACCGGAAAGCGGCCUACGGAUUCUUGCUUCCUCAGCAAGGGUCUCAACAUCGUCGGCUGGCUGAACACGCUGAGCGGUGAGCACCGUCUGGAGGAGAUCCUGGACGAGCGGUCGGGCGACGCGGAGGUGGAGGCGGUGGAGGGGAUCCUGGACAUCGCGGCCAUGUGCACGGACGCCGACCCGGGGCAGCGGCCGUCGAUGGGGGCGGUGCUCAAGAUGCUGGAGGAGGAGAUCCUGUCGCCCUGCCUCAGCGAGCUCUACUACGAGCAGCACCUGGAGCUGUGA